AUGAAAAGCCCCCUGAUCCUGCCAAUCCUCUUGCUGGGGGCAGUUUCUGCUCUUCACCUGAAUAAUGAUGCCCUCAAUCUGGAGACCCCACAGACAGUAGAAGACCUGAGUCCGAAUCUGGAAGGUUCAGGGGAGCAGGAGGGAGCAUUGGCCCUGCCUGACAAGGUCAAUCAGUCAGAGGGAGAGGAGAAAGAGGCAUCUGGAUGUGAAGACGUCCUUGAAGAUGAGGAGGCCCUGGGGUCAGACCUAGAAGGCGGCUUAGAUGAAGACUUGCAGUGCCCCAGUGAAGAGGACACAGUUCAAAUUGUGGGCAGCCCUGGGUGCGCGACUUGCCGCUAUCUGUUGGUGCGGAGACCCAGCAGAUUUAGUGGCGCUCAGCAUGUCUGCAGGAGGUGCUACCGAGGCAAUCUAGUCUCCGUCCACAACUUCGGCUUCAACAAUCGCAUCAGAAGUACAGUCAGCGGGAUCAACCAGGGCCAGGUUUGGAUUGGAGGCACCAUCCGGGGCUGGUUACGUUGCAAGAGGUUUAGCUGGACUGACGGGAGUGCCUGGAAUUUUGCCUUCUGGGCCCCAGGGCAGCCUGGGGGUGGAAAAGGACGCUGUGUGGCCCUGUGCACCAGAGGGGGCCACUGGCGACGAGCUCUGUGCAAAAGGAGUCUGCCCUUCGUCUGCUCCUACUAA